CGUACUAAUAUUUUCGGCGUACUUUAAGAUUUAGAACAGUUGCUGAAAUUAUGAUUUUGAUUUGUACAAACAAUUAAUCUAAGUUGUCUCUGUCGGUUCUCGUUGGUUAGAUCUUAGUCGACUUAUGAUGUUACUUCUGGAUUUGUGGACAGUUCAAAUUUGGCCUCUCUGCUUCCCGCAUAUUUUAUUUAGCUCAAUCGCUGGAAGCUAUUUUAGUGUUUGUAUUAUAUAGUUCGGAUUUACUCAUACCCUUUUGCAAAAGGAACUCAAUUUAUUCGUUAAAUCUGAACCAGUAUAGUUUAUUAUGUUCUUCUCGACAUCAAGGACCAAGAAGCUGCACUUUUAGUCGAUAUGGUGGCCUCUAUGCACUAUGGUUCUAUUCGAAACGUAGUUUUAGUAUAGAAUAUGGAGGAUUAUCUACUUCAGUUCGAACAGGAAAAAUCCCACCUUUCACUGAUCAUAAUAGCAGAAAAGUCCAUAGUUUAGAAGGUGAUACAUGGACUCAACUUUUAGUUACAGCAGCCAAGCCUUAUGAAGCCAAAGAGAGAAUACUUUUCUGGAAACAUUUCAAAUGGUUGACAGCAAUACAUCUUCUGGAUCUCCUGAAGAAACUCAAAACCCUGUUGCAGAUGGAAAUGCGCCUUCUGAAAGUGAUCUUGUGCCUGAUACUCUCGCCCAAAAGGUUCAGGACUCUCUCUCUCUUGAGAAAAGACAUAAAUUUUGGGAAACUCAACCUGUCGGGCAGUUCAAGGAUAUAGGAAACAGCAGUUUGCCUGAAGGCCCUAUUGAACCUCCAACUCCCUUAUCGGAUGUUAAACAAGAACCAUAUAACCUUCCUAACCUCUAUGAAUGGAUUACUUGUGAUAUCAACUCUGAAGAGAUGUGUAAUGAGGUUUAUAACCUUCUUGCUAAUAAUUAUGUUGAAGAUGAUGAGAACAUGUUCAGAUUUAAUUACUCAAAGGAGUUUCUGCACUGGGCUCUGCAACCUCCUGGUUAUCUCAGGAGCUGGCAUAUUGGUGUCUGUGUUAAAAGUUCCAAAAAAUUGGUUGCCUUCAUCACAGGUGUUCCUGCUAGAAUCCGAGUUCGUGAUGAGGUUGUUAAUAUGGCAGAGAUUAAUUUUCUGUGUGUGCACAAGAAGCUUAGGUCGAAAAGGCUUGCUCCUGUCAUGAUCAAAGAGGUGACUAGAAGGGUGCACAUGGAGAAUAUCUGGCAGGCGGCUUAUACUGCUGGGGUGGUACUUCCUACACCAAUAGCAACCUGCCAAUACUGGCAUAGGUCUUUAAAUCCCAAGAAGUUAAUUGAUGUUGGAUUCUCGCGGCUUGGUGCACGAAUGACGAUGAGUCGAACAAUCAAGCUUUAUAAGUUACCGGAGUCAACAGUCACCCCAGGAUUCAGAAAGAUGAAAAUACAUGAUGUUCCUGCAGUUACGAGGCUCCUUAGGAACUACAUAAGCCAGUUUGUUGUUGCACCUGAUUUUGAUGAAAACGAUGUGGAGCAUUGGCUUCUUCCAAAGGAGAAUGUUGUCGAUAGCUUUCUGGUUGAAAGUCCUGAAACUCAUGAGAUCACUGACUUCUGCAGCUUUUACACACUUCCUUCAACCAUCCUUGGCAACCAAAACUAUUCUAUUUUGAAAGCAGCGUAUUCCUAUUAUAAUGUUUCAACAAAGACCCCUUUGCUUCAGCUCAUGAAUGAUGCUCUCAUUGUGGCAAAACAGAAGGACUACGAUGUUUUCAAUGCAUUGGAUGUCAUGCAGAACGAAUCCUUCUUAAAGGAAUUGAAAUUUGGACCAGGUGAUGGGAAGCUUCACUACUAUCUUUACAAUUACAGAAUAAGGCAGGCUCUGAAUCCAGCGGAGCUUGGACUUGUGCUUUUGUAGUACGAGGUUUUGUCAUUUUAUUAUGACUUGGAUGGAUGAAGAAGUCAUGACAAUUUUGCUGGACUUUUUAUGGCUGCAUAAUAUGUGGUGACCCAUGGGUGGAACUUAGGUUUUGCUUUUGGAAACUGAAACAAUUUUGCAGAUUCCUGGUAGAGGAAUUUGGCUUCAAUGUAGAACUGGUUUGAUUUAAAGAAAUGCCGUUUGCUAUUUGCAGUUUUUGGGCA